AUGUCAUCUAGAAAGAAGGCAGCAAAAAGAGAUGUAGACAGGAAGCAUGUGCCGGAGUUGUUUGUCCAGAUGCGUGACACAAGUGUCAGAUGCAUAGAAAGCAGCCUCUCCUGUACUCAUAGAGAAUAUGAAGAUUCCCUUAAAACUAAAAGGGGCUCUGAUUCCUGCAUGCAGCUUAUCCGGUUUGGAAAGCAAAUGAACCAGCAGCUGAUGGAUAUGAACACGGAACGUCAAACAAGAAGCCUCUCCAAAGAUGAUGUCGAUGCGUCUUUAAAUGUGAGCCUGAGCAUUGCUCGUGUACCCUUAGAAAAUGAGAUUUGGUCUGUGAGAAACAAGGAGCUUGCCAUUAUAAGGAUGCAGACUUUUGACGCCUUGCUGAAUGUCUUGCAGAAAGAUGCCACCCAAUGUGGCCCAAUAAUGGCAGUGAUGAAUCAUUCUCGAGAUCUUUGUAAGCAGAUUAUGGUGCUGAAGCAGAGCAACAGUCUUUUGGAAAAGCAGCUGGUUGCAAUACGUAAGCACAGAAUAGAAACGCGCAUUAAACAGCAGGAACUCUUCCAGAAACUUAAAUAUUAUGAAAAAACAAACCGUAAACUUCAAGACCUGGAAACAAAGAUCCAGGAUAAAGGAAGAGAGACCCUGCAAAGUGUUACCCACAAAACCAUCAUAAUUCAAGAGGUUUUUCAGAGGCUCAUCUUGAGUUCCCAAGUAAACUGGGCUGAAGACCCCCAUUUAAAGAAUCUGGUGUUAAAAAUGAGAGAUCCUUUAUCCUAA